CACGCCACCAGCCAUAAGCCUCUCGUUAUUCUUUCUUCUCAAAGAAUAUAACUAUCUUGUUCAUUUACGGGUCUGAGGGUUCCGUAUACAAUACAACAUCUAAACCCUCAUUUUGCGGGGGUCCGAAUUACAUCUAACGGUAUAUCGGAUUGGGGGUUGGCUCUGAUUUCGAAAGAUGACUUUACAAAAGGAUAGGACACGAAAAAAUAACGGAAAGAGAUGAUAGUUUUUACCGAUGGACAAUACAGGGCAGCUGAAAUCUCAGAAGAGAAAAAAUAAAUAGAUUUUUUCCAGUCUUGACACCGAUUUCAAAUGAUCCUUAAACUUUCAUUCGGAACGGUUGACCGUAGCAAAGGAGAGUGGCUGAAACUAUUGAAAAUGAUAUGAUUCAUUUAGCAAUCCUACAUUGAGAUAAUUCGUUUGAUUAGAGAAAAGCCGUUUAUUUUUUCACAUUUUGGGGUAAAGAUUCUCGUUAUGGAUUCUGUCUGAAAUUCGUCAGUUUUUUUUUUUGGUCUCCUGCCAUUUUCUUUCAACGCUCUCUUCGAGAUUCGCUAAAAGGUGAUUCCAAAUCAGCGAAGCACCUCAGAUUUAUUCGAACUCGUGGCUUUUUGAAUAAAUAAAAAUGGAGAAACUGUAUUAUUCUAGCCCGAGCCCAUUGGAGCCGUCGCCGUAUCGCCCACGAAGCCCGCCCGCUGGACACGGGGAGAGAACGUUGGUCCCGUCGCAUUCGCUACCAGUUCACUCAUCUCUGCCGGGCUACGAGGGGAACCCAACCCCAGUGCACCUCAGCGCCUACAACUCCGGUCCACAACCUAUGAAAAAUCUUCAACUGUAUCCUGAGAGUGAUUUCACCAGAGGAACUCAGAUGGGUCACAUGACCACGAUUCAUUCACCUGUCGUGUUGCCAAGGAAACCACUCAGUGAUUAUCCUCUUAGUGGGGUAUCCAACAUCCACCAUCACCAUCACCACCACCAGUCACCCCAACCCGUUGAUAACCAAAGCCACCACGCAACUGUUCUUCCAUAUUCAGAUUUACUGAGGGAAGGCUAUGGUGUGCAGAGCUCUGAUCAACAAAGUUACGGAGGCUCAUGGCAAAAAUCUCCAACACUGAAUGGUACAUCCGGGAUUCUUCCAUGUUCCGACGUGCUCCCACACCACCAGCCAAACUUCCUCAACUCUUCCUCAGCAGCUGCCGCCCGUUCUCAGUCCGCCCACAGCCCCGGUCACCACCCCUCCCAUCACACCGCCCACCCCAAUCCCCACCAAGCCUCUCCAUUCGUGUCCUCGGCCUCCUCUCCGACGUCGGUGGGCGGGGCUACCUACGACGACUACGCCACCAAGCUGCGCUCUUCGGCCGAUGAGGGGCGUUUCUCCCUGCCGUACACACCCACUCCACCUGCUUGGCGCAGUAACCAUCAUGCAUCACAGCCAAGCGUCCCUCCUCCACCGCCGCCACCACCUCUGUACUUCUGCGGGAGGAUGGUUCAAGUCAGAUCAAACAAAAAUAAGAGCGAGCACAAGAAAAGUAGCAACCAAUGCAACAUCUGCGGCAAGUCCUACGCACGACCAAGCACAUUGAAGACGCAUAUGAGAACACAUUCGGGAGAGAAACCCUAUCAUUGCCCGACAUGCCAGAAGUCAUUUUCCCAAACAGCGAACUUGACGGCCCACAUGAGGACACAUUCGGGUGAAAAACCAUUCAGAUGCCUCAUAUGCAAUCGACAAUUCUCUCAGAGUUCAUCAGUUACUACACACAUGCGAACACAUUCUGGAGAGCGCCCCUACCGAUGUGCUUAUUGCAGGAAAGCCUUCGCCGACAGUUCAACCCUGACGAAACACCUUCGAAUCCACAGCGGGGAAAAGCCGUACCAGUGUAAGAUAUGUCUCCUUAGGUUCUCACAGAGUGGCAAUCUAACCAGACACAUGAAGGUCCACAAAAAUGAAUAGAAGUUGUGUUCCGGACACAGUGAGGGAAAGGCCGCACCAGUGUAAGAUAUGUUUCCUCUGGUCUUCACGGAGUGGCCUUUCAUCUAGAGAAAUGAAAGUCCAUAAAAACGAGUAGAAGUGUGUUGCCUGAAGGAAAAUACUUGACUGACUGCUGACAUGGUAAUGAAUGACACUCGCAUGAUACAGUCACACCAACGACAGUACAGACUCCAAACCGACAGAAGGUACGUCAUUGGACAUAGCGUAAAAGCUUUGGUCGGUCUGGAGUCGGUUCCACCAGUGCAAAUGUGGCAUUACCUGCUGUUCUUCAGAGGGUACAAAUGGGCAUUGAGAAUGAAACACCAGGAAAGCACUAUCGAGUGUUCAAAUUACACAUUGGAGUUUGAACAUAACACCAAAAUAAUGUUGGAAAACAACUAACAUGUGGAUAUUGAACCAACAACACAAUUUGAACACUGGUGUGUACAUGGUGUAACGUUAAAGUAAUUUACUGUGAACAGCGGUAGCUCAGUUUAAACACUUCCGGUUGGCAGAAAGUCAAGGAAACGAGAUGUCCCGUUCUUUAUUGGAGAUCAUAGCCAAAGCGGAGGGAGAAUAUUUCUCCAGACGUAUAUUUCUAUAUAUAUUCUAAGAAAUUGGUUCAUUUUGAAGGGUUCUUGGACAACCCUUCUUGAAGGACAAGUCCCCUGGAAAUUGGCGAACUGUCUUUAAAGGAGUUGCUGUUUGGAUAAGGUGAUUCUCUUCGGAGACUUGACUUCCGGGAGGUUCUAAUCCAGGAGAGUGUGCUGUAAGAGAGUGUCCAUGUGGGACUUGGAAUCGUAUCCGGGGGAAUUGUCCUCCCGGAGUGGAUAUUCUCCAUCGAUUAUUAAUCCCCUCUCUUCGCCACAUUAUUCUCAGAAAAAUCUGCCGCUCUUCAUCUUGUGCUCAAUUGUCGUUAAUAUUUUUUAAAGUUCUAAUUAUUGAUAUUAUAACUUUUGAGAAAUUAUGAGUUUAGAUAUAUAUAUAUUUCUUUAGAAUUCUGCGAUGUUGUUAAAAACCAAAGAACUUAAAAGCCAGGGGUGUUUCCUUGUAGAAACUCCAAACAGUUUUUGUCAAAGAAGCUUAAUUUAGAGCAACAUAUGAAUGCAGGUUUGCCAUUACAUGAGUCAACAGACUCCUGAAAGUAAAGUGAUGUAAUCACACGAUAAUCAAAUCAUUUCCAUAAUCAUCAAUAAAAUAUACGUGCCUUCUACAAAAUCUUCGCAUAGUAAUAGAAAUAGAUUGAAAUCUUUUUAUAACUUGGUUGCGAUUAUGAUAACAUAGUCUUGGCAGUUCAGUAAUAUUUUCUCACCUUAAAGGUUUUUAUUCAACACUAAUAUUAAAAGGAAUAUGUCUUCCAUAUUUUUUGUUUUUCUUGUCAUUUUUCUCGUCAUGUUUUCUUGGACCUGUUAGGAAAUUUCUAGAAUAAUUUCGCGACAUUAAUUUUGGUCAUAUCACACUUAAAAGAAAAUAGAAAGGCCAAUCGUUAAGAAGAAAUAACAUCCUAUUGUGAUCAUUCUGACUGGCUUAUAAUUUAGAUGCAGUGAGAGAGUAUUCCGGGUAAACAUGGUAAGGAUAUGCCCUUGUCUACCAUUAGACUUUUUAAAAGUCUUGAACUCAUACCGCGAAUGGUGAACUCCUUGAUAUUUUAUCCAAUAUAUACGAUGAUAUCAGCAGGUUAUUACAUAAUCUUGAAUAUUACCCUAAGAUUUUGUAAUACAUGCCCAUACAUACGUGAUCCGAUUCAAAUCUUGAAGAAAUAUAAGAGCAAACUUCAAGAGCAUAAUUAUCAACCAAUUAGUAGCACUGAGGUCUCGUUUGCAAUAGUCAGUUCAUCCCUUUUCUGUAUUUUUGUGAAAAAUUGUUAAAAAUCAUAAAGCUAUGGUAAAGUGAGAACCUUAUAAACUGUUAUCAUUUAUCUUUUUUCUUCUUUUUGAUACCAAUCCACUUACUUCACUUUAUGUGCGAUUCAAUUUUAACAGCCAGUUUGGAUAUUCACUAUUAAUCAACCUCGUAUUGUAAAAUAAAUAAUAGAUUUGGGGAGGAUAGGGAGGUAUAGAUGCCAGAGCUUCUUUGCCAAAUUGACCCAAGAAGGUUAUUUGUGACAAUCAAUUUUUAUAAAACCUUGUGAAAAUAUAUAAUCAUGAUAAUCAGAGAUAUGUGUGUGUAACCAUGGUAACAGUGUGCUCGUAUUAUAUAUUCUAUCAUGUGGAUAUCAGUAUAUCUAUCUUUUUUACGUAUCUUUCCACGUAAUGAAAUGGACAAUCUAUAUACGAAAAUAACUAUGUGUGUGAUUUGUAAAGAAUGUUAUGUUAUGUUCAUGUAAUAAUUAGAUAGAAUGAUAUUAUUUGCGACAAAUAUGAAUCAUCUGGAACAGUCUACGCAAUUGAACAUGUUCAAUAGCAAUUAAAAGGUAAUGUUAAAAAGUAAAGCACCAUUAGAUUUUGUGUGAUGAAAAAGGUCUUUCAUUUAAAAAACCGUGUUAUUUGUAAACUUUUAAACCGAAUAAUCCAUCUGGUUCAUAAUGAUAAUACGCUUGUGCCAGUACAUUAUCACAUCGGGUUAUCGCGUCCGGUCGGGCAAUCAUGCAACUCGACCAAUCAAGAAAAGGACCCCCUGAAUUCCCGAAAAGUCCGGUCAAAUUACUCGACGCUAUGUGAAGAAAUAUCCUUCCAAUUUACGAACGUUCGAGUCCAAUUUACCCGAUGUUUUGUAAAAAUUGUAAGCCAAAUAUACAAAUGGUUUCGGGAAUUUAGGAGGCCCUUUUCUCGAAUGGUUGGGUGACGCGAUUACCCGACCGGAUGCGAUAACCCGAAGUGAUGGGACAAGUCAUGAUAUUAGACUUAGAUUAUUCCAAUACGUAGAGCGAAAAUACAACGGAAGAUAGUGACACACUCUCCUCUUUCAUGAUAAAGAGCACAUUUGAGGCAAAUAGAUAUUCACUCGCAAAGGUACAGUAGCAAUCAAUGAAAUAACUCGUAAGUAGUUCGACAAAAUUCAGAGUGAAAAAUUCUCUUUUAUCUGUAAGAGAACAGGUAUUUACCACGUCCAAAACUAUAUGAAAUAAUACACAUGCAUGUACUACGCAAACAGAAAUGAAGUUUUAAUUGUGCAUGAAACAACGAAUCUAUCCAUGACGUCACAUAAGCCAAUAUUUCCUUUUAUUUUAUUAUUUUUUGGUCAUCUUGCAGUAGACCUUCACCGCUUAUGAUUUGAAUAUAUUAUGAUGAUUCUAAAACUACUCUUUUGUUCCCAGGGCAGUGAGUUCGAUCCCGUUUCUACAAAUUUUGAUUUAACUGUUGAUAUAUCUAAUCAUCGAUGAAUUCGAAACUAUGUAUGUAAAACGUGUACUAACGACAUUAUGCAAAUAAAAUUGUAUAUUCUCACUACUAUAUAUUUAGUUACUUGUAGUGUUGCUUUUUAUAGGCCUGUUCAGUAUCCAUGACAAGGAAAUAGGUAGAUAAGCUAAAAUAUAUAUUAUAUUUCUCCACUUGCACUAUAAUCUUGCUCUAUACAGGUGAUUUUUAUUAUCUUAUCUUUUAACAUACAACAGAGAGAGAGAGGGAGAGUGGGGGGGGGGGGAGAUUGGGGUUUUGAUCGAAAUCUUUAAGAUUUCAAUUCUUUAAAUUUCAAAGUACAUCUUAAAGGACAUACGAACCAGCAUGCAACUACUCAUAUCAUUCAAUACCCAUAAUGCAUAAUUCUUAGCAGUUCAGUCUUAUGAUGAUAGGCCAACGAUUUGGAACACACCAAUCCCCUACUCAAUACAUACGUACUACAAAAAUUAUGUUACCAAAAAAACAGUUACCUUUCCUCUCCCUCUCUUUCUCCCUCUCUCUCUCUCUAUACACAAAUAUAAUUAUAGUUUAAUUCUAAUUUAUUCUCCGUAUUUACGAAUAGUUAUAUCAGACGGUGUAUUAGCCAUCUAUAACACACAGACAAUGAGUGACAACGUACAGUGUUGAUCGGUUUGCUUCCCCUUUGAUUAUUGUCAUUUCAUUUCAUGUUAUCUCGUUCAUUUCCACUUCAAGAUAAAAUUAAGUAAUACAUCGAUUUGGGCUGGAGCUGGUACCAGUGUCCUCCCACUUCUUGAUAGGUUACAUCGGAAAGCUCUCCGCCUCCCGAGAAUUCAAGACCCUUCACGGUUGGGGUUUAUCCACUCGAGCCCCGGAGACUAUGUUGCAUCUCUCUGUACCUUCUACUGUCACUUCUUCCAGAAACCAUCCCUUGAGUUGUCUGGAAAUCUCCCCCCCCCCUUCACCCCAAAUGUUCGUUUGACUCGCUCUUCUGCAGCUGCCGACCCCUACACUGUCCUCCCACUUCUUAAAAUCAAACGCUUCUCUUCACCAAUCUUCAUAUAUUCCAAGGACGGCUCGGCUGUGGAAUUUACUUCCCGCCAACACAUUCCCUUUAGCUCCCAACAUGGACGGAUUAAAAAGUAGUGUUAAUACACAUUUAAUUAGCUUGGUGUAAAACCUUGUACUUUUAAUUUAAUUAUGUUUUAUUAUGUGCCAGUCAUGGGACACUUUUCAUCAUUUUAUGAUGGCAACAUCAGGCCCAAAGAACAAUCUAAAAGAAAAUAAACAAACAGGUCAUAUAUCUUUGGAGGAAGGAUCUUGAAAAUAAACAUUUUGGCUUGCUAGAAAUUAUCUUCACAAACAUACCAAACAAAGAUUGAAUUAAAGAUACAUUAGAAUGUGAAUAGAACUGUAAUGUAUAAUAUAUAUAAUUAAUAAAAACGUCAGGAAGCAUAUCAUUUCGUAGCUUGAUAGACAUACCUCAGUUUCCAGAGAUUUUAAGUCAUCGACAUGUACGGUUAUGUCUUUGUGACUAUAAACCAAAGUUCAUUAAAACAUAGAUAUAAAGAUAGACUUAUUAAUCGUAUAGAUAGUUUCUGUAAUUUUGAAGUCU